AAAAGUUCAGGCCAUUGCAGCCGCAAAAAUGUCUUCCUCUUUUGCUGAAGGAGACGAAAGUGUCUUCGAGCGUUUGCAACAGCGAGCAGACCCCAAGGUCUUGGAAGAGCAACAGCAGGCUGUGAAUGAGCGCAUGCAAGCUAUUUACCAAAAGGCCCAGAACCGACUUGCUGAAUUGAUCGACGAAAACUCGACCUUGCCCUGCACCAUAUCCUCUGUUCAAGUCACCAGUGCCCCUCAUACUCGGCGAAGCUUCCUUGAGCGCAACUUGAGCCCGCUUUUGAGUGCAAACAAGGGUCGGCCGUAUACACUGUCCGAAGCGUUGCGGGAAGUGUCGGCUACCGCAGAUAAACUUGGACGUUUCGAUUUAUUCCACCAGCCUAUUUCGGUCUACUUGGACGAGUCGCAAACCCAGGAUGGCAUGCGCAACAUCGAUGUCCAUCUGGCGACGCGAGAGAAGUCCCGCGUGCUGAUGAAGACUGGAACCGACUUGGGUAAUGCUGAGGGCUCAGCCUACGGUAAUCUUCUCUGGCGCAAUGUCUUUGGAGGCGCUGAGACUUUGAACUUGAACGCUUCGCUCGGUACCCGGACACGGUCCGCUUAUCAGGCUGCAUUCGAGACUCCCAUCUUGGGUGAUCCCGAUUUCCGCCUAGAAAUUGGCGGUAUUGCAAGCUCCACCCAGAAGUCUUGGGCAAGUCACGAGGAGGUUCUCAAGGGUGGCUGGAGCAAGCUCCGAUGGAUUUCCAAAUCAGGCCACCGUCACGAAUUUGGAUACAACGGUUUCUGGAGACAGCUUACUGGCCUUGCGGAGAAUGCCUCCCCUACCGUCCGCGCAGAUGCAGGCGACAGCGUAAAGAGCAGCAUAUUCCAUAGCUGGGUUAAUGACCAGCGGGACAAUGCCCUUCUGCCAUCUCGUGGUUACUAUCUCAAGGCCUUCAACGAACUGGCCGGAUUUGGCCCGCUCAAGGGUGAUGUCUCAUUCUGGAAGUCGGAAAUUGAGACACAGGGUGCCAUUCCUAUCCCGAUCCCAGGAAUCAAGGGUGACAGCGGCGUCAGUCUUACCACUGGUUUCCGCGCCGGUCUUCUCUGCCCUCUUGGACUGGAGUCCAACCCCGCCCCUCAACUUUCCCGUGUCAAUGACCGCUUCCAGCUUGGAGGACCUACUGAUGUCCGUGGAUUCCGUCUCUGCGGUCUCGGUCCUCGUGAAGGCGUUGAUUCACUAGGCGGUGAUGUGUACGCCGCCGGAAGCGCCAAUCUGCUGUUCCCGCUUCCCCGACUUGGUGCUGAGAAGCCCGUGCGGUUCCAGGCCUUUUUGAACGGUGGCCGCUUGCUUUCUCUGCAAACUUCACAGAAGGCCACUCCUACCACUAAUGGUGAGGUGCAGGAUGCCCUGGUGUCAACUCUCUCUGAAUUACAAAACGGACUGCCCAGUGUCGCAGCUGGCUUCGGUAUUGUGUAUGCCCACCCUGUCGCUCGCUUCGAGCUCAACUUUUCCUUGCCUCUGGCGUUGCGAAAGGGCGAAGAAGGCCGCAAAGGGCUCCAGCUGGGCAUCGGUAUCAAUUUCCUGUAAACAUUGAUAAGUAGAUUUCUUGCGGGUUCAACCAUACCGUAUACAUUGUUUUACCAAUUCC